AUGGCUGAGCGGCACCCCGGGUUCUUGACCUGCGCCCCUGGUUCUGGAUGGGCACCCCGGGUUCUGGAUGUGCACCCCGGUUUUUUCAAUGCACACACAGAUCUUUGUCCGUGGUAUGUCUGCAACACUGAACAGUUGUCUGAAUCCCUUCAGCCUAUUUUUGUCCAGAGUUACCUUGACCAAGGAACACAGAUCUUCUUAAACAACAGCAUUGAGAAGUCAGGCUGGCUGUUUAUCCAGCUCUACCACUCUUUUGUGUCCUCUAUUUUUAGCCUUUUUAUGUCUAGAACAUCUAUCAAUGGGCUGCUGGGAAGAGGCUCAAUGUUUGUGUUUUCCCCAGAACAAUUUCAAAGACUGCUUAAAAUAAAUCCUGAAUGGAAAUCCCACAGACUUCUUGAUUUAGGGGCUGGAGAUGGAGAAGUCACUAAAGUUAUGAGUCCUCACUUUGAAGAAAUCUAUGCCACUGAAUUGUCUGAAACGAUGAUAUGGCAGCUUCAGAAGAAGAAAUACAGGGUGCUUGGUGUGAAUGAAUGGCAGAACACAGGAUUUCAGUAUGAUGUUAUCAGCUGUCUGAAUUUGCUGGAUCGCUGUGAUCAGCCACUGACUGUAUUAAAGGACAUUAGGAGUGUACUGGAGCCAACCAGAGGCAGAGUCAUCCUAGCACUGGUUCUGCCUUUUCACCCCUAUGUGGAAAAUGGUGGCAAGUGGGAAAAGCCCUCAGAAGUUUUGGAAAUCAAAGGGCACACUUGGGAAGAGCAGGUGAACAGCCUGCCAGAAGUUUUCAGUAAAGCUGGUUUUGCCAUCGAGGCUUUCACCAGACUGCCCUACCUCUGUGAAGGUGACAUGUACAAUGACUACUACGUGCUGGAUGAUGCUGUCUUUGUCCUCAAGCCAGUGUAGGCCUGGGUGAAGUAAAGCUCCACAAUCUAACCCAAGAAGCAGCCUCUGAAAGAGGAUUUUGAUGUAUGGUUACUUAAAGGGAGGGAAUUUUGGGAUUGCCAUGCUAAAUAAAUACCAUGUAAGAAAUUUAAAGGCCAAAAUAAUAAUGUAUUUCUUUGUAGUGUGAUUAGGGGGGGGAAGAAAAGGUUGUUUUUUAAAUGGACUCCUCAGCUGAGUAUUUCUUUUUUACCAGCUCUUAAACCAACAUUGCAAUCUGCAAUCCAGCAGCAAUGGGGAAUAUUUUUUUAUAAUUACCUGCAACAGGGAUCAUAUCCAAACAAAAGCAAUAGUCUUGAUCAUGGUGAAACUGACAGUGUGAACUGUUGUGAAAGAAAUCAAGCAAAAUCUGGCAAUAAAGUUAUCCAUUCACUUCAAGCCUUGUUGAAUAAAACUGUUGAAAUGGAUAAUCUUCCAUGCUAAGUUACUUUCUCUCUUACUGUCAUUCUUCACGUUUUUAAUCAUGCUAAUAAACUUUUUUGAGAUGA